UAUUUUUUUUUUUGUUUUUGUUUUGUUUUGUUUUGUUUUUUUUGGUUGAGUGGGUGGGUAGACGGGUGAGAUGGGGAGAUUUCAUAUGUUGCUAUCAAGAGAAAGAGAUUGAAUCUUUGUGCUGUCUUGUUUCUUUUGGCUUUCUGGAAAAAGUGUAUUGAAAUCUGAACUAUUUAUAUUUUUAUCGUUGGUCAUUGGACUUAUUUUUCUUCUCUCCUUGAUGUAGUAUGUGUAGAUAAUCUUGAUAUGAUUUUUGCAUCUGCAAAUGGGCUACUUUUGUUUUCUUGCUUCUUGGUGGAAAUCAUAUAGUUAGGUGGUAAGACGAAAGUGCAUGAAUGGAGAACUAUGAGAUAUUGGGGCAGAUUGGUAAAGGGUCUUUUGGUUCUGCGCUACUUGUCAGGCAUAAACAAGAAAAGAAGAAGUAUGUCAUGAAGAAAAUCCGUCUUGCUAGACAGACUGAUAGAACUCGCAGAUCUGCACAUCAGGAGAUGGAGCUUAUUUCUAAAGUUCAGAAUCCAUAUAUUGUGGAAUACAAGGAUUGCUGGGUGGAAAAGGGUUGUUAUGUGUGCAUCGUGAUUGGUUAUUGUGAAGGAGGCGAUAUGACAGAGACUAUUAAAAAAGCAAAUGGCGUUCAUUUCCCAGAGGAGAGGAUUUGCAAAUGGUUAGUUCAACUAUUGAUGGCACUGGAUUACUUGCACACUAACCACAUACUUCAUCGCGAUGUCAAGUGUUCAAAUAUAUUUCUGACAAAAGAACAAGACAUACGUCUAGGUGAUUUUGGUUUUGCAAAAAUAUUGACUUCGGAUGAUCUUGCUUCCUCUGUGGUGGGUACUCCGAGUUACAUGUGCCCCGAGCUUCUUGCUGAUAUACCUUAUGGCUCCAAAUCUGAUAUCUGGUCUUUGGGCUGCUGUAUAUAUGAAAUGACUGCUCAUAAACCUGCAUUUAAAGCCUUUGAUAUACAAGGUCUGAUCAACAAAAUAAAUAAAUCGAUUGUGUCUCCACUGCCAACUAUGUAUUCUGGUGCACUUCGGGGGCUCAUCAAGAGAAUGCUGAGAAAAAAUCCAGAACUUAGACCAAGUGCUGCAGAUUUGCUGAAGCAUCCUCAUCUUCAACCCUACAUACUGAAUAUCCAUCUGAAGUCUAAUAUCCCUAGGCACCAUACAUUCCCCAUUCAACCAUCUGAUGCCAAUUAUGUGAAGAAAACAAUAUUCAUCAAUCCGGAAGCUGUUCCCGUGCUUACUGACAGAGAUAAAAUGGAGAAAAAGCGAAUAUUUGGCAACAAUAGGGCCUUGAAUCCUAGUAUAUCAGGGAAUGAACUGGAUCAUCCAUGUUCUUCUCCCAGAGCACGAAAUUUUUCAAGCCAUUUGAAUAGAAGUUUCUCAGAAUUGUCUGCUGCUAGUGACAAUGAAUUUACUGGCGUGAAGAAUUCGGUGACCACUAAAUUAUCAAGUGCUGUUAAAAUUCCAAGAGCGAAUUCAGAAAAGGCUUCUGCCACUCCGAGGAGACAGAUAACUCCAACGAAGAUAUCCAACUGUGGUUCAACUCGUGAAUUGCUUCCAGUGUCAUAUACACCAGCUAGAAAAUCGUCCCAAUCAACACACACUGUUGGUUUCCUUCGGGGUGUGGAGUCCCCAGAUGUCUCUGUCAAUGCUCCUCAAAUCGACAAAAUGGUCGAGUUUCCUUUGGCUUCAUCUGAAGAUAUUUUAUUCCCCAUCUGCCGAGCUUCAUCAACAUCUGCUCGGUGCUCUUCUACCUCACCAUAUAGCUGUGAUCCUUCAAUCACAAAAGACAAAUGUAUGGUCCAGAUAAUUAAUAGAGCUUUUGUCGGGCCACACACUGCUGGGACUGGUGCUGCUUAUGGGGUUCCACAAAAUGGAAGCGAAUGUUCGGAGCACAUCCCAGCAAGCGGAGGUUCUACUCAUUCUUCUUCAGAUUCUCAGCAGCGCAGGUUUGACACCUCAUCAUUCAGGCAGCGUGCCAAUGCCUUAGAAGGAUUGCUUGAGUUCAGUGCGCAACUCUUGCAGCAAGAACGCUUUGACGAACUUACAGUGCUGCUGAAGCCAUUUGGACCUGAAAAGGUUUCUCCUAGAGAAACCGCUAUUUGGCUGACAAAGAGUUUCAAAGAGAAUGUUGCGUGAUAACAAGAAGGCACCAUCUGUAAUUCUCUUGAUUUUAUCAAUUAUCUCAGAUUUAAGUGGACGAAAUAUUACUGAUAUUCAGGAGGAGACGACUGCAUGCUGGUUGAUUUGUAUAUCUUCCCAUCGACUGGAAACAUAUACGAUUACGAAUAGGUUUUUUAUGAAAAGUAGAACAAGAACAUCGUUUUGCUGUUAAUGAAACCUUCUGGCAACCCGAAGAAAAAUCUGAUGAUAGAUGUAUUAAAUCUCUGAUAAUAAGGUAUAGUUUUCAUUGAGAGAGUACCAUUGCUUGCUUUGAAAGGUCUUUGUUUACAUGUAUCCUAUCUCGACUUUCUUGAUCCAAGUGACAGUGGUUCAGUUUCAAUAUCAGUUUUGAAUAAUCAGAGUUUAUAUUUCAGUUGAUAGAUUUCUAAA